GGGUAAGAUUUAAAUAAAAAAGAAAAUAAAGUGUAAAAGAAGAGAAGAAGAAGGGUCCCACUUACUUACAUGUCUCUCUCUCUCUCUCUCUCUCUCUCUAAACUGAAAGGCUCAAUUCCCAAAGUCGUCUUGUCUUCUCUUCUCCAUCUGAUUCUCCCUCUCCUUGUUGUAGUCUCAGUUCCAGACUUCCUCCUCCUUCUCACCCGGUUUCAUUUUCUCCCAAAAAAUCCCUACUUUCGCUCUCUUCUUUCUCACGCCUUUCUCUAAUUACCGGCGUUUUUCUUAACCCCAACUUAAGGAAGAAAUGGCAUGCUCAGUUUUAUGGUAGAUCAUUUUUACGAUACUCUUCAGGCGCUGUUUUUUUAGUUGCGCAUGACUAGACAUGGGUUCAGCAUGUUGUGUAGCUGCAAGAAAUACAACUGCUCCCAACAUAAGUAGAAAUGGAGAAUCUCAUAGGCAUGGCAGAUAUUCUCCAUCUUGGAGCUUUAGAUGGGACAAUCACAGACGUGUGGCUGGCGAAAUUGAAAAUCUUACUUGUGAAUCUGGGGAAAGAACAAGUAUAGAUGCUAGAGUAGAGUUGAAAGAUAUAGGUUCAGAGAGGGGCAUCGGUAGCCCUUUGUAUAAUCUUGGUACUCCCAUCUCACAAAAGUCACCUUCUUAUGACGUUAGCACAACGUACAUGUCUCCUUCAGAGGCAUCCAUAACAAGCAAUCUGUUUACAAAGAUGAAUGCUGUAGAAGUUCCCGAAACUUCUGUUCCAGUGACACUUAAAUAUUCCACGCUGUCGUGUUCAUCUUUCUCUACACCAGGUGAACCGUUGUGUUCACAGCGUCAGUUACUUCCUGCCAGCUCAACCCCAUCAAGGCGAGCUCGGCGUUCACCUGGACACCAGCUCUUUAGGCAGAUUUCGGAUAGUAGAAUCCUGGGUUUGAAGUCCCCAAAUAGCAAUUCAGUCUCAGAAGGAAGACCUUCAUUUGUGCUCUCCACAUUUAGCAAUGACCUAGCUGGUGGGUCUUCUGAUGGAUGGUCAUUGCGCACAUUUUCUGAACUUGUUGCUUCGUCUCAGCGAGAAAGAUGGUCUUUUGACAGUGAACGUUUUGGCUCUGGACGCCACAAGAUUAGUGGAUCAAGCAGCAGGUUUUCUUAUUCCCCUUCUCUUGAUCUUCAAACAUGUGAGGCGUGCUUAAAGGUCUUGGCAGAAUUUUCAGUUGCUGCUGUUCUAACAUGUGGUCAUGUAUAUCACGCUGAGUGCUUGGAACCUAUGACUACAGAAGCUGAAAAAUACGACCCUGUUUGCCCAAUUUGCACAGUUGGGCAGAAACAAACCUUUAAAAUGUCUAGAAAAGCGUCAAGGGCAGAGGCAGAGCUAAAAAUGAAAUUCCAGAAAAUAUCAAGAAAUCGAGUUAUAGAUAGCUAUCUAGAUGGUGAGGUUGAUAACUCCGAACGCCAGAAAAUUACAGGGAAAGGGAAGUUACCCAAAAUGGAGCUGAGCACAAGUUCAAAGAUUGCAUUUACCAAACCUUUCUUGAAGCGGCAUUUUUCUCUUGGCUCAAAGCUCAUCAAAUCUGGUUCUGAGCACCAGUCCAGUAAAAAGAAAGGAUUUUGGGCAAGAUAUCGCAGAGAUUGACUUUCCAAUCCUUAAGUUAGAUACGUAACUCUGAAUGUACCACUAUGUUGAAAGACGUAAAAUGUUGCAAGUCCAAGCCUCCAUGAUGUACCAUAGUAGAAUGGAGCGUACUGAAAGAAGCAGAAUUGUUGCGCCGAAAGUUAGGUUUCUUACAUCACAGUUGAAGGGGAAAAGUAAAGAAAACUGAAUUGUAAUUGGGAAUUCGCCUAGUAUGUUUCUACUUUACUUUGUAAGAUCUAAUUAUUGGAGUCUGACUGAAGAUCCUCUUAACUAGUGAUUAGUGAGUAGUGAGAACCAAGAGAACAAUAUUGGUUGUAAUUUGCUAUUGCUGUAUACACCGCAUGUUUUUUUGUUGGCGGUUUCCUUCACUUAGAGUGAAGUUGAUUAUGUUAAA